AUGAGGUUUGUCCAAUAUAUUCCGACUGGAAUUCCAAACGAAGAUGGUGAGUUCCCGGGAAGGAACUAUACAGUUGGAAAAGUCAUACAACAACUGUAUGAUAUUAGGAAAGCUUCAAACCCCAAACUUGCAAUGACACUCAAAUUGCUUAUGAAUUCGACAUGGGGAUAUUCCAUUAAGAAACCUCAAGAGAUGAAGAGUAAACAUUAUGAGAAGGUCGACAACUUUGUUGAAAGGUUUUCUCCUUUUGUUUUGAAGUACGAAUUCACUCAAGGUCAAAGUGGCUUAGUAACCACAUUAAAACCUAUUGUCGAACAUUGGUCUUAUCCUCAGUUCGCAAAGGCAGUCCUUGACAACUACAACAAAUUCUUCUCCGAAGUCAAAUCGAAAGUGAAGGUUUACUAUGAGAACAUUGACGCACUCAUGACGAACGAAGAAGGAUACAACAAACUCAUUGAAAUGGGAAUGGUUGGUGAAAAGAUGGGCUGUUUUAAGCUAGAUAAGGUAUUUUCCGAAGUUCAUGUAAUAUCGAAAAGGAAAUAUUGGGGUAUACUUGAAGACAGCACAGAAAUAAAACAUUGCAUGAAAUAA